CCCGCAUUCCACUUGGCAGAAAGAGGAGUAUCAACUUCAGGGGUUCACUUAACCCGAUGGCGGGUAAAUAAUAAUGCAGAUAUGAGUUCACUAUCUCUCGCUUCAUCGCGAAUCUUUCUCAGCUCAAGAUCCAACCCUCCAUCACAAACUGUAGCAUCAAUCAUGUCUCUCCCACUGAAGGCCAAAGUCUCGAUCCGCGAUAAUUGGGAAAAGCCCGAAUGCCAUGCUCAGGAGUCUAUGAAAAAGCUGAAAGACGUGCUCGGUCUUGAAGUUCGCUGUGAACCUCAAUGGCAAGUUCUUGUGUCCGAGCUGGAGAGCUUUUGGGAAGACAAGGGCGAGCUGGUUUCUUCAGUGACAUCCUUCAUUCAUGUUUGGUUUGAAGCACUCACCGAGUUGCUUGAUGAUGAAUCUCAUGAAGCCUGGACGGACACUCUCCUUACGAAAGUCAGAGAACUGACUUCGAGGCUGAAUUUGACGGUUGAGGUGUCAGAGAAUCAACGACCAUCAACCAAGUGGUCUAAUGCACAACUUGGGUUCAUUCUGUAUAUACCAAAAGGCCUAACUCACCAGGCAGUUCAGUAUUUCGGUCUCUUCAAGGAACAGCUUCUUGAAUGCUUCGAAGAAAACCGACCGUCCAAGACGUUGCCCAUACACUCCACCACGGGUGAUGAAUGGGCAGAUGUUGGAGCAGAAGAUCGAGAAGAAGAGUCUGCUAAAUCUCCACAAACAGGCAAAAAAGCGUCAGCUGUUGAUUAUCUCCCAGACCCCAACACCAUGCCGAAGCCUGGUGCACUUUUUCAGCAAGCUCCCUAUCACCUCUUCGUGUACACCUCGUUAUCAAGCAGGAGCCAGAAGAUUGAAAUUGAAUGCAGCCACAGCCAGACUCUGGAAGUGAUGGCCGAGUACCUGAAAAGAUGGACAAAGACAAACGUCAAUCGUACAGAUAAGCCUCCCGCGGUGGAGAUAACACUCAACCACGCCGCCUCUGGCUUUGGACUCGAGUGUGACAAGCUCACCCUGCAUUGUGAGAACAGAUAUGGACCUAUCUACAACAUAUCUGCUGCUGCAAUUUUGAAUUUGGUUGAGGGAGUGUUUGGGUAUGAAAGAGUCUAUGGGGAUUCCACUUCAUGGCACUACCGACGAGACACACCGUUCAAGAAGCGAUGAAAGAUGUGAUGUUUAUCAGUCAUAUGUUUUUAGACAGCCAUAUGUUGUUAGAUAUAGCACAGAACAAUCAUAGAGUGUCGAGUAGCAAAAAGAAAAACAUACAACACCGAGG